CAAAAGUGAUCUUUGCUUAUUAAAAAAAAUUCUAAACAAAUAUUUGUUUUUUACAAAAAUCUUAAAGUUUUCUGGCUUAAAUAAAAUAUAAUUCGUAAAAAUGGUGAUGUUACAAUCACCUAACAAAACCACGGAUAACAACUCGCCCUCUUUAAACGGCUCCCAAAUGAGUCCCAACUCCAACCCGGAUUCACCUAAAUCCAAUACAUCUCCGGACGUUAAUAAAUCAAAUGCUAAUGAAAACAAUAACUCUGGCUCUACUGACAUACAUUCGCCAACGGCUAAAAUACCAAAAUUUAUUAUAACUCCACAAAAUAAUCAAAAUCUUGCGAAUAACAACAUCAACUCCAACAAUAAUAAUGUGGCUAUUAAAGCGAAUGACGAAGGUUUAAGGUAUUCCAUGGAACGUCUUAAACAAUUAACAGAACAACAUCAACAAAGACUUUCGCCAAAUGCUGAAGAAAUGGAUAAUGAUUCACAGAAAAAUAGUAAUAGAAGAUCACAAACGCCACCACAAUUACAACAACGCAAGCUAAUGGAAUUACCGCCAGUAAGGCAUUUAGCUAGGCCGGAACCAUUACAACAUCCACAUGCGGCUUUGUUGCAACAACAUCCUCAUCUUUUGCAAAAUCCACAAUUUUUGGCGGCAGCUGCUCAGGCUCAGCAUCAACAUCAUCAGCAGCAACAACAACAACAAAAUCUACACCAUCAUCAUCACCAACAUCCAGCAUUUCAUCAACAUUUACCCACGGCUGCUGCAGCGGCAGCAGCAUUUCACUUAAGAGGUCCCCUAAGUACGGCGGCCACCACAACUUUAACAUUACCCUCACCAGCUAACUCCCCACUAUCGCCACCAACAUCACCUAAUCACAAUAUGCAACAACAGCACCAACAAACAACACAUUCCGAACUACAGCAACCACAUCUCUUAACACCAGCCCCAACAACAAAUCCCUCAAUACAACUGUCAACAAAUUCCUUACAACCCUCAUCAUCGUCCACCUCAACACUUUUGCCGAACACACAUCCAACUGCUGCUCCCACACAUCUAGUGAAUGGUCAAAUAUCAAUACCUCCACCCCUAACAGCAACACAUCUAACUUUAAGCCCUUCCUCUUCAUCGACCACAAUUUCAUCGACAUCAUCGUUAACACAACAUGAUAUGGAUUUGGAAAAAUUAAAAUUGGUUGCUCAAGCCCAAGCGGUGGUGGCACGUUCAUCGGCUGCCGCUGUUGCUGGCGUAACGUUAAACGGUCAAGCUCCACCUCGUCCGGAUUUAAGUGAUUAUGGAUUUAGAAUACAAUUGGGUGGUUUGGCGGCAGCUGCUGCAGCGGCUGCGGCUACUUCAAGACAAAUUGCCGCCGCUAAUUACGCACGCAGUGAUACCAGUGAAGAGCUUAAUGUGGAUGGUAACGAUGAGGAGAGUAAUGAUGGAUCUCAUGGUACACCGUCGGUUUGUCCCGUCGAUUUAACCCGUUCUGUGACCAAUUCUAAUCUUACAUCAACUACCACAUCACCAACCUCAACUACCUCCUCGACCACAACGACCAGUGAUAAAGAAACUACAAAACGUUUGGCAUUCUCUGUGGAAAAUAUAUUAGAUCCUAAUAAGUUUACAGGAAAAAAUCUACAACAACAUUACAACAAUCAAAGAUGGAGUUGUAGUGGCAGCAGUAACUACGAUCGAGAUGAGGAAAUGCAUGAUGAUGAGCAUAGUGAAGAUAUGUCGGCCCAUGACCUUAAUGACAUGGAUCAGGAUGACAUGUGUGAUGAUGGCAUGAGUGAUAUUGAUGAUCAUGCUAGCGAAACCGAUUCAAAAAAGGGUGGCAGUCGUAAUGGUGAUGGUAAAUCACAAAAUGGUGGUGGUGGCUCCAAACCAAGAAGAGCACGCACUGCAUUUACUUAUGAACAGCUGGUGUCAUUGGAGAAUAAAUUUAAGACUACACGUUAUUUAAGUGUAUGCGAGAGACUGAACUUGGCCAUUAGUUUGUCAUUAACAGAGACUCAGGUUAAAAUUUGGUUUCAAAAUCGUCGCACCAAAUGGAAGAAACAAAAUCCUGGUAUGGAUGUUAACAGUCCCACCAUACCACCACCACCCUCAGGCGGUUCAUUUGGACCGGGUGCAUAUGCCAGUAGUCUACUCUAUUCGCAUACUAUGCCCUAUCCACCCUAUGGUCCUUAUUUUCAUCCUUUGGGUGCAGCGCAUCAUCUAAGUCAUUCGCAUUCAUAAAAUUGUAAGAUGCAACAUAAAUUGUUGCAAAUAAUGGAAAUGCGUAAAUAUCGCACACAAACCAAAGAAUAAAUACCAAAAAUAAAAUAAUGAAAAUAAAACCCAAAUAAAAUGUGAUGAUACCAAAAUAAAAAAAAACAAAUAAAUUAAAUAAAAUGUAAUAUAUGAAAAAUUAAAAGCUCAAUUUUUAAACAAGGGCCAGUGCAAUUUGAAAUUACUUUUUCUAUGUUUUAUGUAAAAUAAAUUUAAAAUAAAAACUUCUUCUAAUUAAUAUUAAGCCUGUACAGUUUGUGUUGUAAUAACAUGGUCAAUUAUUCUUAAAUCUUAAAUUAACAACUGGCUUUUAAUUUUGAUUUUUUAAUUUAAAUGUUUGUAAAUAUG